CCGGUUGUCAGUAAGCGGACAUGUCACAAACUGUUCACUUUGAAAUUACACAUCACGCCCCACAGACCGCUGGUUUGUAUGAAUAUUGGUGUCUGUAGAUGAUACUUGUGAGUAAGGCUGCAACAAUUACCACUAUCAACCUGGUCUGAUGACAACAUGUUUGGGAGACGUACCCCUCUCGCCAUGACACAACCGAGUGUCAGCAAUGGCGUGUCCUGCUGUGAGAAGCCAACACUUGUUAAUGAGAUCGAAGCCACGACUGUCACCGUUGAAAGCGACACAACUUACAUUAACAGACUUACUCACAAAGGUCGUAGCCAACCAGACAGCCCGUCUCAAUUUGAAAACAUCGUCCUUUCAACGUGGAAGCGUAUCAAGCUCCUAGAGUCUAAACCGCAUGUUUCAACUCGAGCUGAGCGAUCAGCCCAGCACCUACUGAACCAAACUGGAUUAGUUUUCAUAGAAGGAAAGUCUGGCUCUGGUAAAACAACAUUAGGGCUUCGGAUCCUGUCACAUACUGCAAAAGAAUAUGACAGGGUACCAGUGGUGUUAUCAGCGUGGCAGCAAUGGGAUUGUAUCCCCAAGGAACUCCCGAAGAAGGAAGAAGAACGUGAAAGCCCGAGUCGUCAUAAAUAUGUAGUUUUGAUUGACGACAUUUACGGCGCUAGCAACAAAGAUCCUAAACAAAUAGAGAACUGUGAGAGAUAUUUUCAUAUGAUGUGGCCCCAAGCCAAGUCUGGACAUGUUUUGUUCGUCAUGACUUCCAGAACAGAGAUAGCUGCGUUGUGCCAGAGACAACUGGUGGAGUAUGAAGUCACGAAGAAUGCAAAGUUCAUCAAUCUCGACGAUCGCAGGUAUUCCCUUACCGAAAAUGAGAAAAAGAAAAUGCUUACACGAAUAUGCAACUUGAAUGUUGGCGACUUUAAGCUGACUGAAAUAGUCCGCGCGGAUGCUUCCCUUGGGUUUCCCCAGUGUUGUGAUUUUUAUGCCAACAGCAGGGCGGCAAGGCAGAAAGGGGUCGACUUUUUCCACCAUCCCCAUGAGUUCAUCAUUGAGGAGAUAGACAAAAUGCAGGAAUAUGAUGGUACAGGAUACCUGGUCCUAUUAACGGUCUUGAUGAGCUCGGGCUGCUUGGAGGACAAACAAGCACAGGCAAUCGAUGGUCCUCUAAAAUCUCUCAUCAAUUCGUUGAAAGAAUGUUGUGUCAAUGUACCACAAGAAUUAACCCUUUAUGACUUCCAUGAAAAGGCUCAGUCUUUGUGUGGUGUGUAUUUAAGCCACACCGGAUGUGGGUAUGGCUUUCAACAUCAGUCUAUCUUUGAUUCUGUCUUUAUCAGUAUUUCAAGGAAGUAUCUAGACAUAUGCAUUGAGUCAUGUCCUGCAAACAUGCUAGUGGGGCUAGUUCGGACCCAGUCCGUAAAAGAUUCAUCCUCUGCAGACGAAGAUACUUUACAUGUAAGUCUGCCAAGAGAAUACUUUGACCUACUUGCUGAUCCCAUUACUGACCUACUUCUGAUAAGAGACUGUCCUGAUGCUUGUAUAUUGAGUCACCCGUCACUACAAGAUGAGGAAUUUGUACAGCACUUAGUACAAUCCUGGUCAGCAGAAACAAUGAUGACACUUUUAUUUCAAGAACAUACACCAACAUCCAUCUUUGUCCCACAUCCACUGGAAGAAAAAGAAAAUAUACAUCUUUUUACUUAUAACACUAUGCUGGCUGCUGUCCUUUUGAGAAAGCUGAACCGUGUAUUAAAGCAUGUCCUAGCAAGGGUAAACAGUUCUUCAAAAUAUGCAUCAGUUUUCCUGGCAUGUGCUAUCUAUAUGAAUGAUAACAACUGCGUGAAGACGUUGCUUGAGUUGGGAGUAGUUCCUGAUGACGAUUGCUUCAGGUCUCUCUGCCAUUCCCCGUCCAUAGAAGACCGCUUAACUAGAGCAAUCUUUGCCCGAGUUGGAACGGACAUUGAAACUAUGAAUGAUUAUGAUGGCUUGUUUGGCCUUGCCGUGAUACGUGGAAAUACCACAUUGAUUAAACUUAUGAUGUCAAAGCUUGAUGGAAAUGAUGACAACCUGGACAUGUUCGCUAAGUAUCAGGAAAUGUUGUUGUCUAAACUUGGAAGGAAUGAAUUUCGUUCAAUACAUGGAAACAAGGCCUGGAAGCUUGACAGUCACGUAUCACGAUAUUGUGAUAUCAUUUGUGUCUUGUAUGAAACAGGCUGUACCACUGACAUCAACUAUCUAGUAUGGUUGUCAGCUGCCCUUGAAGACCCAACCCUGCUCAGAUAUUUCCUACAACAACCGAAUGUUAAUCCGUUAAACAGGUACUUUAUAUCUGAGAAAAAGGUAUGGAAGAAAACCACGUCUCUGCAACAAGCAGCGGCCUACGGUGGAGCAGAGUGUGUUCAGGAAAUCAUUGACUUCUUCAUCAACAGAGGCAUUACACCAUCCCAGUUCCUUGGUGAAACAACGCUAACUGAUUCAUAUUUUGACAGAGACAGCGUCCUGGGUUUAACAGUUUGGCACGACAGGUAUGAGAACAUGAAGCGAGUCUUAGAGGCAGGGAUUGAUGGAAGGAGAAGAGACGCUGAAGGGGAGACACUUUUACACAAAGUUGCCCAGCGGAUGCAUCCUGAAUUUGCCAAGUAUCUUUUGGAAUUAGGGAUACCCGUGUCCGAGAGGGACAACGAUGGUUGCACUGCCUUUGCGUCACUGUACUCACGGGGCAUGGACCGACAAUCUCUCUUUGGUACACAAAACACGCACGUUGGCUUAGUUAAGUUGCUAGUUGAAUCGGGAAGUGAUGUUAAUGAAUUGGACAGGUAUGGACGGUCGUGUCUUCAAAAGGCUGCUGAACGCGGAGACGUUGAAGCUAUUGACUAUUUGUGUGAAAAGGGUGCGGAUCUGAACCAGAAAGAUACAGAAGGAAAAUCAGUUUUACAUUAUGCAAUAGACGAGUGUGAUGUAGAGGUGUUGCGGUAUCUUAUCCAAAAGGGGGCCGAUGUUCAUGCAGUUGAUGACGAGGGAAGGAAUGCCAUUCACUAUGCUGCAGGAUCCGCUGUUCAAACUGUGGAAAAAAUCAAGUAUUUUAAAGACAUCCAUGGGAUACCUGUAUCUUCUCUAGACAACGAUGGUAGAACAGUUUUGUUCUAUGCAACCGAGUCCCGUGAUGAGGAGGUAGUUGAAUUGUGUUUUGACAUGGGUCUUGAUCUAAACCACGCUGGCCGAGAAGGGGCCACUCCAUUACAUAUUGCGGUAAAAAAGUUCUAACGAUCUUGAU